GCCUGGGUCACGUGGCACAGAGGGCGCCGAAUUCCGCCGGAGUCAGGGCUGUAUCUUGUAGGUGAAGGUUGAGGGACCCUAGAGGUCGAUCCGUCGCUGGAGAAGCAUCCCGAUGCUCUCUGAUCUCAGCUCCUGGCUUGGGGUGGAGAGUCAAGCGCGGGCUCCGGACUCUGCAGGGAAGCGUGGCUUGGGCAGAGGGUUGCACUCGCCGGGGGGGGCGUGGCUCCGUGCUACAGGGUGACGCCGUGGGGCGGGCUCACCACUGGGGCCGAGAUUCUGGGCCCUGUGUAAGCGGGGGGCGGGGCUUCCCCAUAGAUCGACAGACAGGUGCUCCCUCAUGGACACUCCCCCAGCCGCCGCCGCCGCCGCCGCCGUCACCCCAGCGGAGGGCUCCUUCCCCUCGUUCCUGCUUCUGGCAUGUGGGACGCUGGUGGCUGCCCUGCUGAUGGCUGCUCACAGACUGGGGCUUUUCUAUCAGCUGAUGCACAAGGUGGACGAGGCGAGUGUCUGGCAUGGUGGGGAGAAUGUGGCAGCUGUGCUGAAGGCCCAUGGUGUGCGGUUUGUCUUCACACUGGUCGGCGGGCACAUUUCGUCAGUACUGGUGGCCUGCGAGAAGCUGGGCAUCCGCGUGGUGGACACACGCCACGAGGUCACAGCUGUUUUUGCUGCGGAUGCUGUGGCUCGCCUAUCAGGGACUGUGGGCGUGGCGGCAGUGACAGCAGGACCUGGUCUCACCAACACGGUGACUGCAGUGAAGAAUGCUCAGGUGGCGCAGUCCCCGAUCCUGCUUCUAGGUGGAGCGGCUAGUACCCUUCUGCAGAAACGGGGUGCGCUCCAGGCCAUCGAUCAGAUGUCCCUGUUCCGGCCGCUUUGCAAGUUCUGUGCAUCUGUGAGGAGAGUGCGGGACAUUGUGCCCACUCUGAGGGCUGCGAUGGCUGCUGCCCAGUCGGGUACCCCAGGUCCUGUGUUUGUGGAGCUGCCUGUUGAUGUACUGUACCCCUACUUUAUGGUCCAGAAGGAGGUGGUGCCAGCCAUUCCACCAAAGGGCCUCAUGGGUCGUGUGACGACCUGGUAUUUACAGAAUUGCCUGGCUAACCUCUUUGCAGGCGCAUGGGAGCCUCAGCCUGAGGGGCCCCUGCCCCUGGAUAUCCCCCAGGCAUCCCCUCUGCAGGUUCAGUGCUGUGUGGAGAUCCUGAGCAGGGCUAAGAGGCCCCUGCUGUUGCUGGGCAGCCAGGCUCUGUUGCCCCCAACGCCCCCCAACAAGCUUCGGGCUGCCGUGGAGACCCUAGGUGUCCCUUGCUUCCUGGGGGGAAUGGCUCGAGGGCUGCUGGGUCGCAGUCACCCCCUCCACAUCCGGCAGAACCGCAGCGCAGCCCUGAAGAAGGCGGAUGUGGUCAUCUUGGCAGGAACCGUGUGUGACUUCCGCCUCUCUUAUGGCCGUGUCCUGAGCCGCCGCAGCAAGAUCAUCAUCAUCAAUCGGAGCCGGGAGGAGAUGUUGCUGAACUCGGACAUCUUCUGGAAGCCCCAGGAGGCCGUGCAGGGUGAUGUGGGCUCCUUCAUGCUGAAGCUGGUGGAAGGCCUUCAGGGCCAGACGUGGGCCACUGACUGGCUGGAGGAGCUGCGCGAAGCUGACCGGCAGAAGGAGCAGACCUAUCGGGAGAAGGCAGUGAGGUCUGUAGCCCAGCACCUGAACCCAGUGCGGGUGCUGCAGCUGGUGGAGGAAAUUCUGCCCGACAACUCACUUCUUGUGGUUGAUGGUGGAGACUUUGUGGCCACUGCUGCAUACCUCAUACGGCCCCGUGGCCCUCUGCGCUGGCUCGAUCCUGGGGCCUUUGGGACUCUGGGAGUUGGUGCAGGGUUUGCACUUGGGGCCAAGUUGUGCCAGCCGGAUGCUGAGGUCUGGUGCCUGUUUGGGGAUGGAGCCUUUGGCUAUAGCCUCAUCGAGUUUGACACGUUCGUCAGACACAAGAUCCCUGUAAUAGCCUUGAUAGGGAAUGAUGCAGGCUGGACCCAGAUUUCCCGGGAGCAGGUGCCCAGACUGGGCAGCAACGUGGCCUGUGGCCUGGCAUAUACUGAUUAUCACAAGGCAGCCAUAGGUCUGGGGACCCGGGGCCUGCUGCUCUCACGGGAGAAUGAGGACCAGGUGGUCAAGGUGCUGUGUGAUGGCCAGCAGCAGUGCCGAGAUGGCCACCCGGUUGUGGUCAACAUCCUCAUCGGGAGGACAGACUUCCGCGAUGGCUCCAUUUCCGUAUAGGGCCACAUGGAUUAGUAUGCUUGGCUCCCUUAUCUGUGGACUGUGCCUGGCUGGCUUGGAAUCUCAUCCUCUGGCUGGGGAAUUUAGCUCAGUGGUGCCACCGCCUGCCUAAGCACAAGGUCUUGAGUUCAAUUCCGGGUACAAAAGAAAAAAGCAGUCUCAUUCUUGCACUGGACCUAUUCCAUGUAGUCCAGUGACCUCACAAUCCUGAGGUUGUGCUCCAAGAGGCACCGUGGCAGCCCUGGAGAUCUAUGGGCCUUGGUCUCCUUUCUGCUCUUAUAGACCAAAUAAACCACUUCUGUCCCGUGGGCCCAAGGAUUCAGUCACAAAACCUGUGCAUAUUGAUUUAUUGUCAAUAAAAGAAGGAAACAGGAAGGGGACCCUAUUCUCCCAGUGGAUUACUGGGAGUUUUGGGGUACCUGGUAGGGUGAAAUCUUUCCCCCUCUGUGGUCCCUGGAAGAAUCCCACAACCCACGCUCCAGAUGGGUCCAUGCACACCAGUUCACACACACACACACACACACACACACACACACACACUCGCACACACACGCA